CCUCCGCCGGAAGUGGGCCGCUCCGGCUCCCCAGCGCCCAAGGGCCCGAGCGCCGGCGGGGCGGCCGAGCCCGGCGGGAGGGUCUUUGAAACGUUAUGUGAUUCAUCAAGUUUAAAGUCAAAGGUGGAUCUGGAGCUGUGGAAACCUUGGGAGUAAAGGCUACUGAACCCGUUGCUUUUCCUCCUCUUCAUUUUAUACGUCUCAAUAGGAAAGAUGGCAAAGCCCUGCUGGAAAGAGGAAAUGACCUGUAACAGUCCGGAAGAACUCAGAACUUCAAAUCCUUCAGAGGUAAAUAAAGAUGAAGAAUUUGCAGAAGAGCAUAACAGAUUAAGAACUUUUGCUAAUUUUCCAAGUACUAGCCCUGUUUCUUCAUCAACUCUGGCCCGAGCUGGUUUCCUUUAUACGGGCGAAGAAGAUGUCGUGCGAUGCUUCAGUUGCCAUGUAGCUGUAGAUCGUUGGCAGUAUGGUGACUCAGCAAUUGGCAGGCACCGAAAAAUUUCCCCCAACUGCAGAUUUGUCAAUGGAUGUCAUUUUAAGAACUGUGCUCUGCCUUUAGCAAAUGCAAGUCUCCAAAACGGUGAACUCGGUCAAGUUGAAGAAUGCCCAGGAAAUCCAAGUCACCACGCUUUGGAAAGAUCAUCCGAAACUCAUUCGGACUACCUUUUGAGAACGAGGCAGGUUGUCGACCUAUCGGAUACGGUAUUCCCGAAGAACCCUGCCAUGUGCAGCGAAGAAGCCAGACUAGAAACAUUUCAGAAUUGGCCCGAAUAUACCCUGUUAUCCCCAGGGCAAUUAGCUAGAGCUGGACUGUACUACUCAGGUAUUGAUGAUCAAGUAGAAUGCUUUUGUUGUGGUGGAAAGUUGAAAAACUGGGAGCCGUGCGAUCGUCCGUGGUCAGAGCACAAACGGCAUUUCCCAAAGUGCCUUUUUGUCUUGGGCCGGGAUGUUGGAAACAUUGAAAUUGAAUCUGAUAGCAUCGCUUCCCAGAGGAGUUAUUCAAAUUCAACUCAUUUCCCGAGGAAUCCGGCCAUGGCAGAGUUUGAAGCCCGGAUCCACACUUUUGAGACAUGGACAUACUCCAUUGACAAGGAGCUGCUUGCAAGAGCAGGAUUUUAUACUCUAGGUGAGCAAGAUAAGGUUAUUUGCUUUCAUUGUGGAGGAGGGUUAACUGAUUGGAAGCCAAAUGAAGACCCUUGGGAGCAACAUGCUAAAUGGUUUCCAGGAUGCAAGUACCUUGUUGAGCAGAAGGGACAAGAGUUUAUUAACAAUGUUCACUUGACUCAGUCUCUUGAAGAUUCUGUGUUAGAAGCUGAUGAGACACCGCCAUCAUUGACUAAAGAGAUUAGCCCUGAAGAGGAGCUAAGACGUCUGCAAGAGGAAAAGCUUUGCAAAAUCUGCAUGGAUAAAAAUAUUGCAGUAGUUUUUCUUCCCUGUGGACAUCUGGUUGCUUGCAAAGAAUGUGGUGAAGCGAUGGGCAAGUGUCCGGUGUGCUGCACUCUCAUUAACUACAGGCAGAAAAUUUUUAUGUCUUAGGAGGUGUUGGGGAGAUGCGUCCUAGUUAUCCAGCUUGAAUGUGUAAAUCAGAAGCAGUGCAUAAAUCUGGGAGUCAGAGGACCUGGUUUCUAAUCCAUCUUUGUAUUGUGUGCUGUGUGACCUCUGGCAGGUCCUCUGUGCCUCAGUUUGCUCAUCUUUAAUUGGGGAUUAAUUAAGUACUUGUUCUUCUCCUUACUUAGACUGUGAUCCCCAUGUGGGCCUGGGUCCAGCAUUAUUAUCCACCAGUGCCUAGUACAGUGCUUGGCGCAUAGUAAGCUCUUAAAAUACCACAGUUGUUAUUGGAAACAAGGUAACAGCCAUGUAUUUUUGCAUCAUUAGAGAUCCUACUAAGCAUAGAUAACAAAAAUUUUGAUUAUUUAAUUGUGUAAAAUCUAAAUCGGUCCUAAAACUCCAGCAAUACAUUAUUGGAGUUAUGAAUUAGAAAAUUAGCUGAGUAAUUCUUUCAUUUGUUAUUUACUUAUUUGUUUUUACUUAACUGAAGGCUAUAGAAUUAUUGCUAAAUGACCAUGUCAUUUGAUUAUAGAGGAUGCCCAUAUGAAAUAUUGAAGCUUGUGAAGUAGAUUUGGCUGAUGAAACAAUCUGAGCAAUUUCAGAUAUUUGGACUUUCCUUUUCAGAUCCACCAAAUGGAAAAAAUAAAUUCCCAGUUUGGGUGGAAUGGACCAAAUCAGAUCCAUUCCUGGGUUUUUAUAUUUGUACUGUAGUUGAGCGAUUGAAAUUAUUAGGCACUUACUAUGUACCACACCCAAGGGUUAAGUACAGAUUCAUUAGUCCCUGGCUCAUGUGGGGCUCACAGGUAGGGAAAGCAGAUGUUUCAUCUCCAUUAUACAGAUGGGAAAACUAGGGCACAGAGAGAUUGCACAAGAUCCUCCAUCAGGCUAGUGACAGAGCCGGAGUCUCCUGAUUUUCUGAGCCACGCUCUUUCCACUGAACUACACUCCUCUUGUAGGUUAACAAAUAUUCUGUGAAAUGUUGCAGGAUCCAGAAACAUGUUUUUUUGGGGGGCUGGGGUUCCCCCUGGGGGCACUUGUUGAAAGGGUAAUAAAGGAAAAACAGCUGUUUUCCUUUUUUUAAAAAAAAAACAAAAACAACAAAAAGGCUCUUCAGACGUAAAUUCUUAAAUUUUUCAAGCCCUCAUAAGAUUAGUAAAAUCUUCCUAGAACAGCUGGGCAUUUCAUAAAGGAUCCCAAGGAUGUGACCAUUUCACAUUGCAAUCAUUAUUGAGAGAAAAGAUGGUGUUUAAAAGAACUAUGAAAACUCAUCCUUUGAAUAUUUUUGGUAAACAAAUCUAUUAAAGUUGUCUCUUCUUAUUUAUU